UCCAUUUUCUCCCUCCACCUCCUCCUCCUGCUACUGCACUCCCCGGGCCGCUUUCCCGCAAUCCGCCUGCCGAGAAAACGGGGGAAAGUUCCGGCCGCCGCGAGGAAUGGACGGCGACGACCUCGAGGCCGCCGUCGCCGAGCAGCGCCGGGAGCUCGUCGCGUCCCAAGCCCUAGCCUCCGACGCCGACUACGCCUUCCAGCUCCAGCUGCAGGAAGCCAUAACCGCUUCCCUCUCGCCCUCCCGCGCCUCGGCGUCGCGGCCUCCCCCGGCGCCCGCCGAGCCGGUCGGGGACGACGGCGACGGCGACGGCCGGUCGCUGGCGACGGCUCUGAUGCUGGAGGAGAUGGAGAGGUACGCGCGGGAGCACCAGGAUCGCGCGCAGUGCGAGGCGGAGUUCCGGAGGAUGAGGGAGGAUUUGGACUGUCGGGUUCACGACCUGAGGUUCGCCGCCGAGAUCGUCGGCAUCCCUGAGGAAGAGUGGCGAAACUACGGCGACUUUUAUCACAAGCCGUUCCAGGCCGGUUGCUCUUCCUCUGCUGCAUCGUCUUCGUCGUCGUCGUCGUCGCCCGCGAGUAGCGAGUGUUUCAGGGUUCAUGUCAAGGGUUUGGUGAGCGAGGAGUGGAUUAAGGACGAGAAGGUUGUGGUGGCCGGGCUUGGGGUCGCUAUUUGCGAUUUCAAGGACAAUGUGAUUAUGGAGGUGAAGAAGCCUUUGAUCAAUGACGUUUUGGUCAGUGACUUAGAAGCUGAGAUCGAGGCCUUAGUCCAAGGGCUUCAUGCUGCGUUUUGCUUGGAUUUGAAGAGGGUUAACGUAUUGAUCGGCGAUGUUAGGCUCUAUAACUACGUCACAGGCAUCCAAUCGCCUGGACAAAGCAAGAUUGCUACGCCGUUGAAUGAGGCUACCAUGCUCCAAAAGAAGUUAAUGUAUUUCGGUGCAACCCUGGUGGGGCCAAAUGAUACUAAAUAUGCAUAUAAACUAGCAAGAGAUGCCAUUGUUUCUCAGAUCUCAUGGCCUGAGGAGACUAACCGCGGGAAGAGCUUGAAGGAGACCUGUGUUAUAUGUUUUGAAGAUAGCAGUGUCACCGAAAUGUUUUCAGUUGAGGAAUGUCUGCAUAGGUAUUGCUUUUCUUGUAUGAAGAGGCAUGUGGAAGCAAAGUUGCUGGAUGGAGUGAUGAUUAAAUGUCCUCAUGAUGGUUGUAACUCUGAGGUGAAGAUUGAUAGCUGUGGUGGGUUUCUCGAACCAAACAUUAUUUCAAUUAUGAGCCAACGGAUGAAAGAAGCAUCUGUUCCUGUGACAGAGAGAGUCUACUGUCCGUAUCCCAGAUGUUCCACUUUAAUGUCAAAACACGAGGUUUUAGAAUAUUCCAGAAAUGGUUUCGUUGGAGCUGAACAUAGCGGAGCUAGAAAAUGCAUGAAAUGCCAAUUCUUUUUCUGUGUUGAAUGCAAAGUCCCCUGGCAUUAUAACAUGAGCUGCUAUGAGUACCAGAGGUCAAAUCCUAUUGCCACUGCUGGAGAUGCACAACUGAAGUCUCUCGCAAGUAAGAGACUCUGGCGUGAGUGUGUGAAGUGCAAAAAUCUGGUUGAGCUGGCUGAAGGUUGCUAUCACAUAACGUGCAGAUGUGGAUAUGAGUUCUGCUAUAUCUGUGGAGCUGAGUGGAAGAAUAAGAAAGCAACAUGCUCCUGCCCAAUCUGGGAUGAGCGGAACAUUAUUCGUGAUGGCCGCCGAAGGUACUGAUGGUAUGCGAAAAAGAAUGUACAGAAUCUAAAGAUCUUUAGUUUCUCUGAAUGUCGAGGAAAUAUGGGUACGAGAAGAUUUGAACUUGUGAAUGGGACAUGGGCAGAAGGUGCCAUACGUCACUGCUGAUAUGUUGAUGGGAUGAAUUGUAAAUUCUAUACUGCAAGUUGCCUUAGUUGUCUAUUUCCUAGUUACUUUCACAAUCACAGGCACAUUAGCAAAGAGUAAAAGGCGAAUGUAUGACAAAAUACGUUUUGUUAGUA